CCUGCCUGCCCCUCACCUCUCCCUCUCCCUUCCAUUCAGUAUCACACUUUUCAGCACCUCCUGGAUUCUCCUCUUCCUUCCUAAGAUGUAGCUGUGCCCUCAUCUUCUUCUCUGACACCUGUGCCCACCCUGACCUUUGCCUCACCCUCUACCACCCACCAGGCUGGCAUCUUCAGCUGCCAGGACCCGGGCUCAGCUGCCAUGCCUUUUGGAUGCAUCAGUGUCCGCAAUGAGAAAACCUACAAUUGUUUCUCUGACAUCACAGACAAAUAUGAGAUUGGCCAGCUUCUCUGUGCGAAAGAGUUCUGUGAAAUCUGCCUGGCCCGGGAGAUGCAGACAGAUCGUCUCUUUGUCUGCAAAAAGUUUCUGAAGAAAGAUGGCCGAAAAGUGAGGAGGGCGGCAAAGAAUGAGAUCAUGAUUCUGAAAAUGGUCAAUCAUCCCAAUAUCUUGCAGCUAAUCGAUACAUUUGAAACCAAGAAGGAAUUCUAUAUUAUUCAAGAACUAGCCACAGGAGGUGAUGUCUUUGACUGGAUCCUGGAGCAAGGAUAUUACUCUGAGAAAGAUGCCAGUAAUGUGAUCCGCCAGGUCCUUGAGGCUGUGGCUUAUCUGCACAAUCUCCACAUUAUUCAUAGGAACUUAAAGCUGGAAAACCUCAUGUAUUACAAUCAAAAUAAUCACUCCAAAGUGGUCCUGCGGGAUUUCUACUUGUCCUGUUUUGAGAGUGGAGAAAUUACAGAGCCAUGUGGGACUCCAGAAUAUCUUGCUCCAGAGGUGGUAUCACGACACAGAUAUGGUCGACCUGUGGAUUGCUGGGCAGUCGGCGUUGUUAUGUUCAUUCUCCUUUCUGGGAACCCUCCAUUCUACGAUGAGAAUGAGGAAGAGGACAGCGAAAGCCAUAACAGGAAAAUUUUCCGUAAAAUUCUGGCUGCUGAAUACGAGUUUGAUUCUCCCUACUGGGAUGUAAUUUCAGCAUCAGCGAAAGAUCUUGUUUCCCGUUUGAUGGAAAUGGACCAGGAGCAGAGAAUCACAGCCCAGGAAGCAUUGGGACAUACAUGGGUUUCAGGAAAUGAUGCUUCUGAAAGGAAUCUGAAAGAAGGUGUUUGUGCUCAGAUCGAGAAGAACUUUGCUAAAGCCAAAUGGAGGAAAGCCAUACGGGUCACCACAUUCAUGCAACGACUGAGAGCUCCAGAAGGCACUGCUGGGCGUCUCCCUGUCACGCCGAGAUCUUCCAUGAGUGUGUCACAUGAGGUCACUGUGGAAGCCUGCCCUUCGUCUCCAAAACAAUCCCCUUCCCAACACAGUAUUCCUAAGCCUGACUGCAAUCCGAGCAGAAUCCAGCAAACCUCUGAGAGUGAGGACCACUCGUCUGAGAAACCAGAACAGAGUGGGCCAUAAUGUCUUGCUUCUUCCUCCAACCAAAAGAACGACCACACAGAAGGACAAAUGAUCUGCUUGCAAAACAGGACCAAAUAAAUCUGGUCACAAACACUGGCCUGAAUAGUGAUCCCAUUGUGGGGGAGACCUAACCUACCAGAUAAACGUGUUGAAAGGGGGGAAAGAAAGGCCUAAGGUCACUAUCAAUAUUUAAGGCCUAGAUGCAGGAGGAGGGAUUAUGGGACUUGAUAGGAUAAACCUUAUUCUCAGAGCAUGAAAACUGUCCCUGGACAAAUUAUUUAUAGUGUACAUUUUCCUAAAAAGUUUUUUUUUUUUUAAUAAAUAGAUUAAAAUACCGAUCCUCUGACAUAAAAAAAAAACAGUGACAUUCCUUAAUGAAAGAGGGUGAUCUACAUAUAAUUUAACAUUUAUCAGAAGCUAGCAAGCAGGUUUAAGGUCUCUGGUAGACCUGUUCUUCAAGCUAGGUUGCAUCAUCUUCCAAACUGUUUCCAGGUGUGUAGCCUUUUGCAUGUCAUCUGCAUGUUUACACGUUUUAGUUGGGAGUGUAUGUCCUUACUGUACCACAGAGGCCGGUACCCCUGGCAGUAAGGAGAUUUAAAACUAAUAAAGGAGAACUAACAAUCUACA